AUGACGGAAAAGACGGUGUCGGUGGCGGUAUCGGUGCUGACGCUGACGUUCAUCAGCAUCGACCGCUGGUACGCCAUCUGCUUCCCGCUGCGCUUCAACUCCACCACCAGCCGCGCCAAGACAGCCAUCGGCAUCAUCUGGUUUGUGUCGCUCGCCUUCGACAUCCCGGAGCUGGUGGUGCUGAGGGCCCGCGGCCGCGACUGGGACUCUGUGCUGCUGACGCAGUGCGAGAGCACCUGGAGCUACGACUCCGAGAUGGUGUUCCACGGCGCCAAGAGCCUGCUGCUGUACACGCUGCCGCUGCUCUUCAUGUCGGUCGCCUACUACCAGAUCGUGCGCGUCCUCUGGCGCUCCGACACCAUACCCGGACACGGCAGCAGCCGCAGCGGCGCGCUCAGCUCCAGCGCCAACGGCCAUAAUUCAACAGCGCCGCCGCUGACGAGCUUCGCCAGCCGGCGCAGCGCCAUGGGCGCCAACGCGGCCACCGAGGUGCAGCUGCGGUCGCGUCGCAAGGCGGCCAAGAUGCUGGUCGCCGUCGUCGUCAUGUUCGCGCUCUGCUACCUCCCCGUCCACCUGCUCAACAUCCUCAGGUACACGAUGGAUAUUCCACAGAACGACGCGACUAGCAUCAUUUCCAUGUUGGCACACUGGCUGUGUUACGCCAACUCUGCCGUCAACCCCAUCAUCUACAACUUCAUGAGCGGUGAGUACGCUUUCUCUAACCCAUCGCUCUUCCGCUCGUGCGCUCCUCAUUGCAAGUUCCGGCGCGAGUUCCGGCGCACGUUCGGGCUGUGGUGCUGGCGCGGGGGCGGCAACCGGCUGGGCCCGACGCGGGGGCGGGCGCGGCGCGGCGGCCGGCGCACGCCCGGCAGGCUGGCGGGGGCCAGCUACGCGUGCGCCGGCGCCGGCGCCUCCCCCGGCGCCGCCGGCAACUCCACCGUGGCGUACACGGGCCGCUUCACGGAGACGGUGCCGUUGCAGCAGACCGCCACGGCCACGGCCAACGCCAGCCACCUGCCGCCCGCCGCCGCCGCCGCCAUCGUCCGCAUCGACGACGUCGACUGA